AUGUUCUUUCAGCGCUUUUUCGAGCGAAAUAAUAGUUCGGCUAAUGCAACGAGGCCGGCUAAUGGCAAUAGCGACGCCAAUGAGAAUGUCAUUCAUCACAUGAGCGGCACGAACAAUGUCAUAGGCGAGGACAAGGAUAACAACAACAAUCAGUCAAGCACCAGCGCGGACUCGCACAUCACUAUCUGCCCAACUAAAAUGCAACGUCGCCACGAGCAAACGGUGACUGCUGUCCAGCUUACCCCAUUGUGGGAGCAUGUUUUACGUACUCGUCGAUUGCCGGAAACAAUUUGCCCGGCCACCAUGUUUGCCGAAUUCCACGAGCGUUUGCAGGAUCCCGAAUGGCAGGUGCGGCAACAUGCAUUACGCGUUCUCGUCGACGUUUUGGUCAUAAUGGGAUCAAAAGCUGACAAGCAUAGUAUGCAUUUUUUAACUGAUUUAAUAAAAAAUCUCGGACACCAGGCGCCCACUGUACGGAAAGGUGCACUGGACUGCUUGCGGGUCUAUCUCUCGGAGACAGGCGGACCGGAAAUGGUCAUGCUACAGAUUUUGGACACUGGACUAGCUCAGCAGCCAACCUUUGAUGAGCGCCUCAGCUGCGGGGUUUUGCUAUCACUUCCGCCAUUACUACAAUCGAUUUUGCACACGCCACAAAGUCAUUUCAUAGUAAAGCACACCAUUGAGCGACUAGUGCAGCGCUUGCAGCUUCAACAAACACAACAGGAGAUUACUCUGAAGGUGUUGGCCAAAAUAAGUGAACUGUUGGGGGCGGAAGAGAUUGAAAGAUAUUUAGACGAAGUGGACGGCGUGGAUGCCUUGUCGCUCUAUAACCAACUAUGUAAAGUAUAUGGAAUAUCAAACAAGCCUCUUCGUACUGAUGGCUCCAUGACCAGUGCCGGCGCUUGGAGAGCCUUGCCUCGAGAGCACAUUUGGCGUAGCAGCAGUAUUUCACAUGAGCCAAAGGCAGCUCUACUGCCAGAAAAAGGAAAGGUUAUAAUGGAAACGGAAAUACAAAUCAACGAUGAUACGCUCACCAUGCGAAUUCUCGAGGCGGAAACCGAGACCGAGGAUACGGAUAGUCCCAUUAUAGAUGCAUCAGAGCUUGUGUGUCGUCCAUUUGGUGCUCCCCAGUCUCCACGAGAAAUGGACGCGGGCAUACUCCAGAUAAUUAGCGAUUCCGAAAUGGAAGAAAUGACGCAGAAUGAAACUAAUCUCAGCACGCCGUUUCGUAACUUGAAACGUGUUACUUUUGGUGGAGAAGUUGUCAAAAUGCGCACACCCGACAGCGAUGCGGCUUCCUCAACGAACAAUAUCGCAAGUACGGUGCCAGGCUACAGCAGACUCAACAUUGGCUCAUUGCCGCCUAAUGAGACAGCAUCUUCGGCAUCACUGUUAGAGGGACAACACGCAGACAAUAAUUUAACUCCGGCAGGCAGUAACAAAAUGACAGCUUUGACCUUAGAGAUUCCAAUUGACAAUACAAAGCCUUUGCCUCGUGCUCGAAGUGCUCAGUCGCCACAGCAAAGUAAGGAACAGCCAAGGCCAACACAUAACAAAACUAGCUCCUAUACAUCGCCAAAGCGGGACGUCUCCUACUCUCCUGUCUACCGCAGCAGUAGCAUCAGUCCUGCUGGCAGUAACACUGCCAGUCCUAAAGUACCACACAAAGAAAUAGAAGUUCUGCAUAAUCUGCAGCGUGAUCCGGAUCCCUCACCACGCUCUUUACGUGGAAGUGAUAGCAUCAAUACUGACCCAGUUAUUGCUUCUGCAGCGGGAUCUGGUUUGCCAACGAAACCAGCAGCUACACCAAACAGCUGGGAGGACCUGGACAUUGUCAACCACAAAACAAUAAUGGACUUGCGGUCAGGAGACUGGCGAAAUCGUUUACAGGGCAUAGCGCAACUUGAAGUAGCACUAAGCUCAUCAUCCAACCUGGUCCUGGUGCAGCCCUAUUUGGAUAGUCUGCUGCGCACCUUACUUUCUUCGGAGCGAAAUUUCGAGGUGGCUGAGCUUAAGCGCGAAGUCUUGGUAAAUCUGAUUUCACGCCUGCCGUUGGACAACUUGGAAGAGCGUACGCCACAGAUACUCUCGGGACUGUGUCGCCAGGGAAACGCAGGUGCAAACCGUGUGUGCAAGGCACUUAUGCAGCGCCUGCCUGCAGGGACAAUUGUCGCCAAAUUAACGGCGCCUGACUAUCUACAUGCCAAAAGCUCAAAGUUUCGUGAUCACGCUUUGCAAAUGUCCAUCUACUCCUUGAUGUCAUUUCCCGGCACCUGUUUCGACAUCAACAUCCUGGCCGCACAGGUAACCUAUGCUGCCCUUAAUAGAAAGCGUCGGGUACGCCAGGCGGCUUUGGAGGUAUUUGCUGUGCUUGCUGAUAUUUCUUCGGUGGACCAGAUUUUACAAAUUGUUGCUCAGAUAACCGAUGAUAUCGAAUCGGGAUCUGCUCUGCUCAAGGCUGUGAAAAUGCGUCUGUCCCGCCUCCAAUUGCCCCUCAUUACCCCUGAUGGAUCCGUUUUGUACACAUUUCAUAAAGCAGAACAGACUGGUAUCACUCGUUUUGGCGCAGAUAUGGAUUGGAUUGCGCUGGGAGAAGGCUCUGCCUCUCCAAAUGCUGUCAAAAGGCGACGUCAGCAUUUGGCAAACAAAAAACGUAUUCAAGAAAAUGCAGAUGAGGAAGUCACCGGAAUAAAUAAUCAUAGCUUUAACGCAAAUGAGAACUUGCAUCGACAUUCAUUCCAUUCACCACCCGAAGCCUUGGACAUGUCUAGAGCCUCUAAUGACUUUUUUAAAAAAAAAAUCUAUGGCACUAGUGGUAAGAAUGUAAACUGCUUGGAGCGUCGUGUGGUAACCAAAGCAUGCUCUGAAUCUUCAGUGGACGGAAGAAGCACGGACAGUACGACAACAUCCUGCAGUAGUGGUAGUGGAAGUGGAAGUAGUAGUUUUAUACAGCUGACAACCUGCAAUGGUGGCAUGAACAGGCGUUUGACUAGACAAAAUUCCCGAUUUCCGGCUAUGAGGCGGCAAACGGACUUCAUUAGCAAUUUUAUGCGCAAUAUACAGCGAACUCCAUAUCCAUAUAGUUUCGAAGAUACGAAGAUCCCAAAAGUAAACGAUGAUCUACAAAAAAGUCACAGGCAUGUACAGCAUGUACCUAAGAAGCUAAACAGUUCGCAGCAUACUUUUGCACAGCAAAACUGGAUGGAUAAUUGCAGUCAAUCUCAAGCAAAUUCGAAAUUAAAGGAAACUAAAAAACCGGAUAUCAAUAGCCAAUCAGAUACAUUCCUGAAUAAAGAUGCUGAAAACCUGGGUAACUUCAAUGUUAAGGUCGAACCAGCACAUGAACAUACAACGUCCACCGUAGUGCAGGCAUUCGCAGUAACAUCCGGGCCGCAUCAAUCAGAAGGUUCUCCUCUGUCCGUUAGGUCAACCAGCUAUUCGCAAAAGUCAACUGCCUCGGCUAAAUCAAUCGAGGUGGACAAACCGAAUGUGCAACACUCUAAUGGCCGGGACGACUUAGAGCAACAAUUUGGGGAGCUCGUGGUAGACGACAUAGAAGAAGAGACGGAGUCACCCUUUCAGGAGGCCACAUUGAAACGCAACGAAAGCGUUAACAGCCUGCAGAGCAAAACAGAAAGCAUUAAGACACAGAUUGAAGAUGCCACGCCACAAAUGUCACGUGCGCAGUCAAUUAAAUCCUUGGCCAUUGAAGAAGAGAUUGAUAGCAACAACAGCUUCGUAGUAGUUGAGGAGCUCCAGAACGAGCUGCAAACAACAGCCGUAGAGUCGCCGCCCAUAAAACAACUGACAGAAUUAUCAACAGACAAUGAAACAUUCCUCGCAUCUUUAUCGCGAGCCUCAUCCAGCAAAAAUGCUGAAAUCACACAUGAAGAUAGAGCCAUACACUCACGUAGCAUCUCGUUGGACUCGCUCUAUGGCCGAAGACCCGCUUCUAAGCAAGGUUCCCUGGACAUCAGUAGCACCACAACCGAUAACAGCUCUCAGACCGGCUCCCAUCCUGACAACAGCAGGUUGGCUCCAAAAUCACAGCAUACAUCGCUAAAACAAAAGUCGAAGACUUCAUAUCUUCUGCGUGGUCAGCGUCGCGUCUCACCUGUGAAACAGGCCAUCAAGAUGUCACCGACGGAAUUGUUUCCGCCGCAUAUGUCACGCUUUGAGAAGCCACGAGAAGCCCUAAUAAAGACGCUUGAUCAGCUUGACUCUAAUAACUGGGAAGUGAACAUAACAGGUCUGAAGUAUAUGGUGCGUCUGAUUCGCCACCAUGCAGAUUUUUUGGACAGCCAUAUGCAUAUGACAUGCAUCCAACUUACUCGCUCUGUACGCAAUUUACGCUCACAGGUUGCCCGUGCAGCCUGUCAGGCCGCAACAGAGUUAUUUACCCUGAAAUGCAAAUCAUUGGAGAUUGAGUGCGAUGACCUGGUCUGUGCGUUGUUGCACCGCACAGCAGACACAAAUCGUUUCCUGCGUGCCGAUGCCACCCGAGCCUUGGAGUCUUUGGUGGAUAACGUGCAACCUCCGAAAGUACUCAACAUAUUGACAAACAAAGGUGCUCAGCACCAGAAUGCCAUAGUUCGGACGACGACUGCGAAGCUGCUGUUUAGACUAGUCGAACGCUUAGGCUGCGAUCGCAUCUACUCGAUGGGACGUGAAAGUCGCGACAAAUUUUUUAUGGUUGGUGCAAAUCUUCUGCUUGAAGGCAGUCUCGAAACACGCAGCUAUGCCAAGUCAUUGUUCCGUGCUUUGUCAGAGCACGGAAGCUACCAGCGAUUACUGUUAGAGGUAAUACCACCGCGAACAUAUCGAAAUGUGGAAAAGACACUGAGAAGCAUUACCCGUUAA